CGGUAUUACGUUGAAUUUGACAGGCGAGGAAUCAUUAAUGGGAAAGGUGAAGACUAAUUUGUACAGUUCGGUGUUUCUUCCUGUCUCUUGUCAAGAGGUUGGUAAGUUUGGCGUAUACUUUAUCUUCGUUGCCAUACACAUGCAGUGAAUUAUGCAUCUUUGCAAAUAAUAUAAUGGCAAUAAUUUGUCGUCUGCUUUGAGAUCACAUUCUUUAGAUUUGUGUGGUAGGAUCCAUCAUGAACACAAAACCGGACGUGCUCUUAAUAGAAUCAGUUACGGAAAGCCAUAAGAUUGCCUCUUAAAAAUACGAAGUGGAGGAACAUUGGAUUAUCUGAAGAAGUCAUAUUCAAAUAUGGACAUUUGAACAAUCUUCAAGUGCUGCUGAACCAUAGACGCUACGGAAACUGUGGCCCUGUGACAGUCUGCACUUUUUUAAAGGGUGAUGGUUACAUUAAAAGAGCUGACACAGACAAACUCAGAGAAAUAUUUCGAAAAUAUGCCUCAAAAGAAGAGAAGGGUGAGAAGUAUAUGACUGCAUUAGACUUCCUUCAGCGGUAUUUAGGACUCUUCUCAGAAGAUUGCAACACCGACUCAGUUAAUUUAUUAGCAGGAAUUGUUGAUACUACCAAAGAUGGACUUAUUUCCUUUGAAGAGUUUGUGGCAUUUGAAGGUUUAUUGUGCAUGCCAGAUGCAUUAUACAAAACAGCUUUUCAGUUGUUUGAUACCAAUGGAAAUGGAAUGGUUACUUUUGAUGAGUUCGUUGAGGUGAUGAAAAAAACAGUUUUACACCAAAAAAUUCCAUUUAAUUUUGAUGGAGGUUUUGUACAGUUAUAUUUUGGAAAAGAUAAGAAACGACUUAUUAGUUACUCAGAGUUCAGUCAAUUUCUUCAUGAUUUUCAUGAAGAGUAUGCAAUUGAAGCAUUUAGAAGAUACGACAAAAAUGGCACAGGAUUUAUUUCAGCCGUGGACUUCCAAGACAUCAUGGUCAGCAUCAAGAGCCAUCUCUUGACCAAAGAAGUCAAGGCAAAUCUAGUUGCGGCAGCAAGAGGUGGGCAACAAGGUGGACAUAGAGUAAGUUUCCCAUACUUUAUGGCCUUCAUUUCUCUUCUCAACAACAUGGAACUUAUCAAAAGAAUUUAUCUCAAUGCAACUGUUGGACAUCGGAAUGUGGAAGUUACUAAAGAACAGUUUCUACAAUCUGCUCAAAUGAUGUCUCAAAUCACUCCUCUUGAAGUGGACAUUCUUUUUCUACUUUGUGACCUUCUUCAUCAAACUGGGAAGAUUGUUUAUAAUGACUUGCAGUCAAUUACUCCUGAACAGUACUUCAAAAAUAUUACUCAAAUGCUCAAAAUCAAGGCUGUUUCUAGUCCUGAGGAAAGAGGUGUGCUUAUACAGGUGCUAGAAAGUGCUUAUAGAUUCACCCUUGGCUCAAUUGGUGGUGCUGUUGGAGCUACUGCUGUAUAUCCAAUUGAUUUGGUGAAGACUCGAAUGCAGAACCAAAGGACAGGCUCAAUUGUGGGUGAGCUCAUGUACCGUAAUAGCUGGGAUUGCUGCAAGAAAGUCAUUCGUCAUGAAGGAUUUUUUGGCUUGUACAGAGGAUUAGUGCCUCAACUCAUGGGAGUUGCUCCAGAGAAGGCUAUUAAGUUGACGAUGAAUGACCUUGUUCGUGAUAAAUUUAUGGACAAAAAUGGAAACCUUCCUCUCUAUGGAGAAAUCAUUGCUGGUGCUUGUGCUGGAGGUUCACAAGUGGUUUUCACUAAUCCUUUGGAAAUUGUUAAAAUCCGUCUACAAGUAGCUGGAGAAAUUGCUAGUGGAGCAAAAAUUGGAGCUUUAUCAGUGGGUGCAAAGGCCUGUUUCCUUCGUGAUAUUCCUUUUAGUGCAAUUUAUUUUCCUGCAUAUGCUCAUACAAAAGUGAAGUUCGCUGAUGAGAAUGGUUACAAUCAUCCAUUAUCACUUCUUGUGGCGGGUGCUAUAGCUGGUGUUCCUGCUGCAUCUUUGGUAACCCCUGCUGAUGUUGUUGCCCGACAAGGUCAGACUACAUAUAAUGGAGUCAUAGAUGCAGCUCGUAAAAUUUACAAAGAAGAAGGACCACGUGCCUUCUGGAAAGGAGCAACAGCUCGAGUUUUCAGAUCAUCUCCUCAGUUUGGUGUCACCCUCCUUACCUAUGAAGUACUUCAAAGACUGUUUUAUGUGGACUUUGGUGGAUCACGACCAGCUGGGUCUGAACAGCAUCUACCUGCCACUGGAGUUGCAGACGAGAUGAAAUCUACAAAUCCUGACCACAUCGGUGGAUACCAAGUUGCAAGACCAAUAUUUGCUGGAAUAGAAUCAAAAUUUGGUCUAUGCUUACCAAAGUUCCGUGAGUGUUCAUUUGGCAGUGGAGCAAUUGAAAUGGUAGGGUUGAACUUCACAUGGUUAUUGUUGCAGUGUGCAAUAAUAACAAGUGUUAAAAAGAUUAAUUGUGAAGAAAACAGUGUUGGUGGUUUUGAAACGUGUACAUAUAGUUUAGAGACUUUCAGGCAACACUUUCUUGUUGAUCAUUUUAAUGAUCAUAUAAACUUUGAAAAGUACUUCUAA